AUGGUCCAUGAAUCAAAGAGUCAAGGAGCGCUAACGAGGGCGGAAGAAGUGAUGGCACAAAACAUACAAACCUCUCUCGCGACAAGGGUACAGGAUGCCAGCACUGGCUUCCGAAAGAAGCAGAGUGCCUACUUGAAAAAGCUUCGCGGAAUGAGCGGACUACCACCACCUGGCCCUCUUGACCGUGGUGUCACACCACAGACGGCAUCAUACUACAAUGAUCCUUCUAUCCUGGAAUCUGAUGCGGAUAGGUCUUAUUCCCAAUCCGCUCUACAAACGACUUCACAGCAGAAGAUGCUCCAUUCGAACGACGCAAUGAUUCUUCAACGUGAGAGAGAGAUUGAAGAUAUCGCACAAGGUAUCAUUGAGCUAUCGGAUCUUUUCCGAGAUCUUCAAACUAUGAUUAUCGACCAAGGUACAAUGCUUGACAGGAUCGAUUACAACGUGGAGAGGAUGGCUACAGAUCUAAAAGAUGCAGAGAAAGAACUUACGGUUGCUGUUGGUUAUCAGAAGAAAACGACGAAACGAAAAGUUAUUCUUUUGCUGGUAAUAAUAAUUGCUGGCUUAUUCAUUCUUCUCUUGAUUAAACCAAAACGAAGCGCUGAGUCGCCCUCCACCGCUAAUGUCGAGUGGAAGCGCGUACGGUAG